AAAUAAUAGAUCCUAGUAUUUUAGUUCAUAUAAAAUGCAAAAUAGAUAUAGUUAACACUCAACGGCACGGUUGUUAUUAGCGUUAGAACCAUGGCAUCAAUAACGCGACCGCACAUUCUUCUGCAUUCUUGCGCUCCAUCACUCAAUCUCAAGCUCAAUUCUUCGUCAUCAUUUCUUCGCCACCAAAAACUCCCAAAUUCGUUACCCUUCACUCGUCGACGUAGCUUCUUCUCCGUCAAUUCAACCUCUCAUAAAUCCGAAUCUGUUUCCAUCGUAAACGACCUUCUUGAUUAUCUCAACGAAUCGUGGACGCAUUUCCACGCCACAGCGGAGGCAAAACGACAAUUACUCGCCGCCGGUUUUCACCUUCUUAACGAGAACGAAGAAUGGAACCUCAAACCAGGCGGACGCUACUUCUUCACUCGCAACAUGUCUUGUUUGGUUGCUUUCGCCGUAGGAGAAAAGUACGAUGUAGGUAAUGGUUUUUAUGCGAUAGCGGCACAUACCGAUAGUCCGUGUCUGAAAUUGAAACCAAAAACGGCGUCGUUGAAGUCUUCUUAUAUGAUGGUAAAUGUUCAGACUUAUGGAGGGGGAUUAUGGCAUACUUGGUUUGAUAGGGAUUUGAGUGUUGCAGGGAGAGUCAUUCUUAGAAGAAGUGAUAAUUCUUUUUAUCAUAAGCUUGUCAAAGUCAACAGACCCAUUUUGCGUGUUCCCACUCUGGCCAUUCAUCUUAGCCGCACAGUGAACCAGGAUGGUUUCAAACCAAAUCUUGAGACUCAUCUUCUUCCUUUACUCUCGAUGAAACUUGAUGACACUUCUUCAGACUCAAAAGAGAAGACUGCUGCAUUGUCAUCCAAAGCGUCUCAUCAUCCACUGCUUAUGCAGAUAUUGGCAGAGGAGUUGAAAUGUGAAGUUGAUGACAUAGUGAGUAUUGAACUGAAUGUUUGUGAUACUCAACCUAGCUGUCUUGGAGGUGGAAACAAUGAAUUCAUUUAUUCUGGAAGAUUAGAUAAUCUGGCUUCAAGUUAUUGUGCAUUAAGGGCACUUAUUGACUCGAGCGAAUCUCCCGGUGACUUAGCUAAUGAACAUGCAAUUCGGAUGGUUGCUCUAUUUGACAAUGAGGAGGUGGGUUCAGAUUCUGCUCAAGGAGCCGGUGCACCCACCAUGUUUCAGGCCAUGAGACGGAUAGUUGCGAGCUUGGCAAAUAACAAUGUUGGUGAAGGCUCUUUUGAGCGAACUAUUCGCCAAUCAUUUCUUGUGUCUGCAGAUAUGGCCCAUGGAGUUCAUCCAAAUUUUUCAGAUAAGCACGAGGAACACCACAGACCGGAAUUGCAGAAAGGACUUGUUAUUAAGCACAAUGCAAACCAGCGCUAUGCUACAAGUGGAAUCACAUCUUUUCUUUUCAAAGAAGUUGGGAAAAUCCAUAAUCUUCCAACUCAGGCAAUUCCUCUCUAUUAUUUCAUUUUUGUUUAAACACCUUAUUCCUUUUAAUGCAAAUUAUUUAUUUAAAUGGAAUGUUUAGCAAAAAGUCUUCAACUUUUUUUUUUGAAGUUACUGUGGGUAGCUUUUGAAAAUAAUCUCUUGCAAUAGAUGAAAGAGAAAGUAAAAGUGUUAUUUACGCUUGUUAUAUCAGUUAAUUGACGUGUCUUAAUAUUAUAUUUUAUCUGCACACUGUAGGAAUUUGUCGUUAGAAAUGAUAUGGGAUGUGGAUCAACCAUUGGUCCAAUACUCGCUUCUGGGGUUGGCAUCCGAACUGUUGACUGUGGAAUUGCUCAACUUUCAAUGCACAGUAUAAGAGAAAUAUGUGGGAAGGAAGAUAUAGACAUUGCAUACAAGCAUUUCAAAGCUUUCUAUCAAAACUUUUCCAGCGUAGACAAGAUGCUGACUGUGGAUAGCUGAGCUGUGUUGCUGAGAAUAUGUAUGGUGCCAUAGUUGUGUUUGAUGAGGAAGUGCUGAUAAUGGAAUCAGAUGUAUACAUUGGUUUUGCAAUUGGUUUAGAUUAGAUGAUUCCCGGAACAAAGUGCUUCUAAAACCUUAGCACAUCCACUUUCUUGCCUAGCAUUUAGUUUGAUUAUGCAAGAGUUUUGUUUUACAUAUAUAUGUCUGAGUUCAGGCCCUUUCUAUUUGCUCAGAAGGCAUCUGUUGUUAAUACAUUAAUAACAAUUGGAAUUUUGGUUUUAUUUGGUUACGCUGUGUAUUUUUUAUUAA